GCGGCAUGACGUUGAUUCGAUUUCAGGAAGCGCUUUGUGAACAAAGUGAAUGUCAAAACAGAACGAGAGACUCGAGAUCAAGCUCUUGUUGAAGUGCAUGUGGUUGAUCCUCGUAUAUCAUAUUUACAUAUUCAAAAAUAUAAUUACAUCCUGUUACUGGAUGUGAACUGUAUUGCAAAUCGGAAGAAGCCGAGCAAAGGAAGCCGGAUCAAGACAUCAAGUAACCGUGCUGAUUCUCUCCACUCUCCGCUUUAAUGAUACCGGUCAUAUUACAGCGAAUCCCUGCAUCACUAUUUUGUCAAUGUGGUGCAGCAUUCUUUCAAGGACGCUCCAGUCGCAUGUUGUCCAAGAAAAUAAGAAUAUCUGAUGCGCUUGAAAGCAAAGAUAGAGGAUCAGAUGUUAGAAUACAGGGGUGGGUUCGAUCUGUCAGGCAACAGAAAGACAACAUCUUCUUACAUGUGAAUGAUGGAAGUUCAUUGCAACCUCUUCAGGUUGUUGCCAGCUCACAUUUGAAUAACAGAGACCUCACAUUUGGCUGUGCUGUUGACAUCACUGGCACUUUGGAGAAGAGCCCCAAUAAGAGACAGAGUGUGGAGUUACAAGCUCAACAUAUUGAAGUGGUUGGGGAAUGCAAUCCUGUGAACUAUCCUUUCAAGAUCAAGGAGCGGCAUUCUCUGGAGUACAUUAGACAGUUUCCACACCUCAGAUGUCGAACAAAUGCCUUCAGUUCCCUGCUCAGGAUACGCAGUGAGGCUACAACUGCCAUCCAGUCAUUUUUCAGGGAUAAUGGUUAUGUGCAGAUACACACACCAAUAAUCACCUCAAAUGACUGUGAGGGAGCAGGUGAACUCUUCCAAGUUGAGCCUGCAGGUAAUAAAAAUGGCUCAGUUGACCCAACUUCCCAUUUCUUCUCUGUGCCAGCUUAUCUAACAGUCUCAGGACAGUUACACUUGGAGGUGAUGGCAGGGGCUUUUUCAGCAGUAUACACAUUUGGUCCUACAUUCAGAGCAGAGAACUCUCAAAGCAGGAGGCAUUUGUCUGAGUUUUACAUGGUUGAAGCUGAGAUUGCCUUCACUGAAUCACUAGAUGACCUUAUGAAGGUUAUAGAGAACUUAUUCAAGACUACCACGGAGUAUGUGAUGUCCCAUUGCACAGACGACGUAGAUUUAUUUCACAAAUAUAUUGCACCAGGACACAGGGAAAAAGUGGAUAUCAUGCUGAAAAGAACAUUUAAUGUCAUUUCCUACACUGAAGCUAUAGACAUUCUAAACAGCAGUUCACAGAACUUUACGUUCAGUACAGAGUGGGGCUGUGAUCUUCAGACAGAACAUGAGAAGUUCCUAGUGAAACAUUGUGGAAACGUCCCAGUAUUUGUCGUUGACUAUCCCUAUGACUUAAAGCCAUUUUAUGCCAGAGACAACCAGGACCAACCUCGCCACACUGCAGCUGCCGUAGACCUCUUGGUGCCUGGGGUUGGAGAACUCUGUGGGGGAUCACUGAGGGAGGAGAGACUGGAGCUUCUGAGGAGUCGACUAGCACAGGCUGGAUUGGAUGACACAUAUGCAUGGUAUCUGCAGCUGAGACAGCUUGGCUCUGUCCCUCACGGUGGU